AUGUCUUCCAACGAAGCGCCCAAGCGGGCGACGGCCGCUCAGCUGGCCAACAGAAAAAUCAAAGCUGCAAGAGAACGAAGAACUCGAGUCGGUUCCCCCAGUGUCGGCCUUCCACAACCAUCUGCAAACCCUUUCAGCUCCGUCGGAACGGAUACAGCUGCAGCAGCGCCUACAUUCUCAGCUCCGUCAGGUGGAUUUACUUUCGGACAGUCCCAGGGUUUUUCACGACCUGCUACAGCCACAGGCACCUCAAACAACGCACCCUCAGCGUCCUCUAGCUUUGAGAGCAACCAAGGCAACACUCCCGGAGCUUUCAAGCUCUUCGGCAACCAGACAGCUUCAGCUCCCCCUUCAUUCGAUUUCUCGUCUAACAACUCUCAGCAAGUAAGCAACCCGUUCAGCAACAUGAACUCUAACCAGAACACCGGGUUCCAGGGCUUCAAGGGAAGCAUGUUCAAUAUCCCUGGAUCUUCCCAGCCUGAGAACAAGAAACCUGAAAACCAGCCAAAUGGAAGCGGUGGGUUCUUCGGACAGGCUUCCACGCAGACCAGCGCUCCUCUGUUUGGAGCCACUCCAACCACGUCUGCACCUCUUUUCAGCUCGUCUGCCGGCCCAAACAUGUUCGGACAGACCAACAACAAUAACCCUCCUACCAAUAUCUUUGGCUCUGCUCCCAUGACUAGUCCCACCAAGUCUACUGGCGGCUCAGAGGCUAUGCAGAUGUCCCCAGAUGGUCCCAAGUCGACUGGUGGCCCUGGUAUCUUCAAUGUCUCUGCUCCCGCUCCCCGAAUAUAUCAAACCAACCUUUUCCACCCCUUCGGUUGGAUCCAUCGUAAAGCUGGGAGGAUCCACCGCGGCAACCUCCGCCCUGCCCAGUCGGAUACGGAUGCCACCAAUGACCCAAGCGAUGAGACGGAGAAGCAUUCGCAGGCCGAUUUCACUCGCAGCGGCCCUGGUGAAGAAAAUGAGGAUGCAGUCUUUGAAUGCCGCUCUCGUGCCUACCAGCUCACCGAAGGCAAAUGGGAGGUCAAGGGUGUUGGCGUACUCCGCAUCCUCAAACACCGCACCAACAAGAAAUCUCGAAUUAUCCUCCGUGCCGACCCUAGCGGUUCCGUUGUCCUCAACACCAAUUUGAUGCCUGAAAUUGACUACAAGCAGAACAGCAAUAACGUCCAGUUUUUUGUUGCCUCCGAAUCUGGUUUCCAGCAGUGGAUGCUUCGUGUGAAGACCAAAGAAAGCGCUGGCGAGUUGAGAGACUCCAUGGAGCAGCAUAAGAAGAGAGAUUAA